AUGACGGGUAAUCGGUCCCUGUACGAAGUGCUGGGCCUGGACAGCACAGCCACACAGGCCGCGAUCCGAAAGAGCUAUUUGAAGCUGGCCGUGCUCCUCCAUCCAGACAAGAACCCUGGUGACGAGACGGCCAAUGAGAGGUUCCAGACCCUAGCGCGCGUAUAUGCUGUGCUAGGGGACGAGGAAAGGUAUGUUAAGGUCACAGAACAAGAUCUCGACGAUUUUGAGGCCAAGUAUCGCGGGUCUGAGGAGGAAAAGGCGGAUGUCUUGAAGUACUAUGACCAAUUUUCCGGGGACAUGGACAAGGUGUUAGCAUGGGUGAUGUGCUCGGACCCUGGGCAUGAUGCACACCGGUUUGCCGACAUCAUCGCCGACGGCCUACGGGCUAGCGGAGAGGCACCCUCCAAGAAAUUUGCGGCUUGGGAGAAGAAAGUGAGGAGGCGUAAAGCCCCCGACCUGGCAACAAGCGUGGCCAAGGGAGGUGGCAGCAAGAAGGAGAAGACAAAGGGCAACACAUCGGAUCUGGUGGCUCUCAUUCGGUCAAGGAGGAGCGGCGGCCCAUCCUUCAUCGACGCCCUGGCUUCCAAAUAUGGUGUGAACCCCAGCGGUGACCCCGAGCCCAGCGAGGAGGAGUUUGCAGCCGCUGCGGCGAGGCACAGGGACAGGUCUGCGGGACAGGGGUUCCGUGGCGCUGCUAAGAAACGCCAGAAGGCGGGCUGA